AUGCCACGUCAUCCCGAGGUGUACGAACCGUGCGACGACUCCUUCGCCCUCGCCGAUGCCAUCGCCACGGAUAUCGCCCGGUUCUACCCGUCGCUCGCAACCUGCGCCAGCGACAACAGUCCGUCAUCCGAUCAAGCCCUUCCACCAUCGUUGAUCUCUCACAAAUCCCCCGCGUCCCCUUCUUCAAAUUUCUCUACAUCCCCUCACCCUUCACAUUCCCCCACCAUAUCCCCUGGCGUUCCGUCGUUCCCUGCUCUGGUUGUCGAGCUCGGGUCCGGAAGUGGCUUCGUGCUUACAUCAGUAGCCCUCGCCCUCCGCGCCCUCUCUGCCCCUUCCGCCCCCCCUGUCAUCGCGGGCAGCAACAGUGCGGCUACUGGUGCUGGCGGUGUUGAUGUUGCUGGUGCUGCCGGUAGGGAUGCUGGCAGUGGUGCUGCUGCUCCCAGUGCUGCCGUCUCCCUUGCCUCUCAGGCCGCAUUUCUCGCGGUGGACAUAAACCCCCAUGCCGCUGACAUCACUCGACAAACCCUAGCAGCCCACAGCAUUCCAGCGGAUGUUGUUUUAUCGGAUCUCGGAACGGCCCUUAUACCGAGGAUGGCAGGCCAAGUGAACAUUCUCAUUUUCAACCCACCAUACGUCCCCACUUCGCCUCAAGAAGUGCACCGGCCGGGAAUCACGCAAGCCUGGGCGGGAGGGGAUCGCGGGAGGGAGGUAAUUGAUCGAGCUAUGGAGGUUUCAGCGGAGCUAUUGUCUCCCACAGGGGUGUUUUACCUGCUUGUUGUGGCGGAGAAUGACCCUGAAGAGGUGGGGGAGAGGAUGAGAGGGUUGGGGUUUGAAGGAGAGGAGCUGCUGAGGAGAGGGACGGAAGAGGAGGUUAUUGUGAUUGUGGUUGCGAUGGAUGCUCGCGAGGGAAGCCGCGACGCGUUCUUUUGGGCUUUGGAUAAUCUAAUAAAGCCGGAGGACCAUGUCACGCUCCUUAAUGUCCGACCAACCCGCGCCACGAUUCUUCCCACGCGCACAGACCUGUCAGCAUCGUCAGGAGGGCAGGGCGACGACGACGAUGGGUACAUGCUGGCCAUGGAGCAGAUUCUCAAUGACGUCAUUCACAAGGCGCAUGAACGCUUCCCUGGGCUCAAGGUGGACAAGGCCAUCAAAUCGGGCGACCCCAAGAACCUCAUUCUGGACGAGGUGGUCAUCAGGGACGCGACAGCGCUGGUCAUGAGCUCAAGGGGGCUCAGUCCGGUGCAGAGGACCUUCCUUGGCUCAGUUAGCGACUACUGCUCUCGCAAUGCAGAGUGUCCGGUGAUUGUUGUGAGAGGCAAAUCAGCCCACUGA